CUCGAAAUUUCUCUCAAGGUGCUGUUCAAUAUCUAAGCUUUUUUUUAAGUCCCUCUUUGACUUUCCACUUGUUCAUUAAAAAAUCAAAAGUGACUGUAUGAACAAUUCAACAGAAAAUAAUAGUAGUGGAUAACAUUGAUGAGAAUAGAUUUGGGAAGUUUCAAGAAAAGGGUGUUCAUUUUUCUUGAAGAAUCAGCAUCCCAAAUGAAAAUGGGGUGUAAUAAGGGAAAGGAAAUAGUUGUUUUUGAGGAUCAAAAUGAGGAAAACAAUAAAUGGGUAGAGAGGGAUUUUCUUCAGUUAAAUGUGUAUAGAGGGGAUUCCUCUGAAAGGGUAGCUGAGAAUGAGGAAAUUCAGGCAGAAAAUAGAGGAAAGAAGUCUAAAGCUGGAAUCUUGGAUUUUUCCUCUAAAAGGGUAGUUGAGAAUGAAGAAAUCCAAGCAGAAAUUACAGAAGAGAAACCAAAAGAUGGAAUGUUGGAUCUUUCCUCUAAAGGAGUUCUUGAGAAUGAGGAAAUUUUGGCGGAAAUUACAGAAGAGAAGCCAAAAGCUGGAAUCUUGGAUCUUUUACCUAAAAGGGUAGCUGAGAAUGAGGAAGCUCAGGCAGAAAAUAGAGGAAAGAAGCCAAAAGCUGGAAUCUUGAAUCUUUCCUCUAAAAGGGUAGCUGAGAAUGAGGAAGUUCAGGCAGAAACUAGAGGAAAGAAGCCAAAAUCUGGAAUCUUGGAUCUUUCCUCUAAAGGAGUUCUUGAGAAUGAGGAAAUAUUGGCAGAAAUUACAGAAGAGAAGCCAAAAGCUGGAAUCUUUGAUCUUUCUUUGGCUGUGCCUAGCACUAGUAGGAGUCUACAAUCACUGGAACCAUCAAAUAACAACACAAGGAUUGGGUAUUUCAGGAAUGGCUCCAUGUCGUCGUGUUAUUCCCAUCCCUUCUCCCACAACCUUAGCUACUCACUUACACUGAAUUCCGAAGAUGAUAGUGAUUAUUCCGGGGAGGGAAUGAAUUGGUCGGUUUUUAGCCAGUUUAGGCCAGUUGAAGCAGGAGAUUGUACAUUGCCAGGUCAUCCUGAUGGAAGUAGUUUAGCUCUAAGUUUUAAAAAGGUCAAUAAGGAAAUAUGUGAUACUGAUAUUGAUAGGAUUAGUAGCUCGGAUAGUAAUUCGUUUUUUCUAUUCGAGUUGCCUGCUAGACCAGUAAUUGAUGGUCAAUCAGGUGAUUCGAGAGGAAGAAGAGCACUUCAACAUUCUGUGCCUGAGAGAAUCCUUGGAGAAAUAGUUUCAGAGUCUAUUCCUCUUAUGGCUCAGAUUGUGCAAGAGCUUCCUGAUGCAACAGUUGAAUCGACAAAGAAAUACUUGAGAAGCCUAAUUGCGAUUCCUGAGAAGAAAGAUUUGUUGGUCAGCCUUCAGAACAGGCUUAAUGGGAGAUCUGAUCUUACCAUUGAGACUCUUUCAAAGUGUAAUAAGACUCAACUAGAAAUUUUCGUUGCCAUAAAAAUGGAACUUGGAACCUUCUUAUCUUCCGAAAACCACCUUCAAGCCACUGAAUUGAUUGAGAUUUUUUCUCUUGAAAGGUGUCGAAACAUUUACUGCAAGAGACUAUUACCUGUUGAUAAUUGUAAGUGCAAAAUUUGUUCGAAAAACAAGGGAUUCUGCAAUGUAUGUAUGUGUCAAGUAUGUUUGAACUUAGAUUACGCCAAUGGUACUUGCAGUUGGGUAGGUUGUGAUCUAUGCGUGCACUGGUGUCAUGUUGUCUGUGCUAUACAGAGAAAUCUUAUAAAACCAGGUCCAAGUAUCAACGGUCCAUCUGGAUCAACCGAGAUGCAAUUUCACUGUCUUGGUUGUGGCCAUUCUAGUGAAAUGUUUAGGUUUACCAAAGAAAUGUAUAGAUGUUGUGCAAAGGACUGGGAUCAAGAAAUCUUAAUUAAAGAGCUUGACUAUGUUCAAAAGAUUUUCCAUGGGAGCGAUGAUUUUAAAGGUAAGGAGUUGCAUGCUAUAACUUAUGGAUUGCGCAACAAGCUAGAGAAAAAGAUGAUUUCUCCUUCAGACGCCUGCAAUUUCAUCUUUCAGUUUUUUAAAUACACGGAUGGUUUGUCACAUUUUCUUUCAUCAAGUUUUCCCGCGUCCAUUCCUCUUGCUGUUAAAUCUUCCUUCUACAUCAUGAGCUCUUCAAGUAGAAGAAAAUGUAUGGUUACUGUUGAUCAAAGUGAUGUCAAGGAUUCUGAAAAAAUGAUUGAGGAUGAAUGUUCAGCCAUCAAAGAAAUAUGAGCUUUCCAAGUGAAAGAAAAAAUAUGAUAGUUUGCAAAGCAUUCUGAGGAUCAAGAAGCAGAUAUCAGUAUCACAAACCUUAGAGGUAGAUAACAUGAGCAUAUGAAAUUACUUUUUUAAGAUAUGGACAUGACAAUCCAUCUGUCUCAAUUUGUAUGACACCUAACGUUUCAAAAUGCUUGGUGUCGC